AUGUCCCAGCACUUGCUCUUCCCACUUGUGAUCCUCGCCAUCAGCCCUACCCCUGGAGCCUUCCAGGACUUAGCUCUCAGCCCUUCCCAAGACGAACCUGAAGAUCUGGACUGCGGGCGCCCCGGGCCCUCUGCCCGCAUCAUGGGGGGCUCCGACGCGCAGCCGGGUGCCUGGCCCUGGCAGGUGAGCCUGAACCACAGAGGGGGCCACGUCUGCGGGGGCUCCCUCAUCGCCCCUUCUUGGGUCCUCUCCGCCGCCCACUGUUUCAUGGAGAACCGGACCUUGGAGUCCGCGGCCGAGUGGUCGGUACUGCUGGGAGUGCACUCCCAGCACCGGCCCCCGGACGGCGCGCACGUCCGCGCAGUGGCCGCCAUCCUGGUGCCGGACAACUACAGCAGCGUGGAGCUGGGCUCGGACUUGGCCCUGCUGCGUCUGGCCUCGCCCGCCCAGCUGGGCCCCACCGUGCGGCCCGUCUGCCUGCCCCGCGCCUCGCACCGCUUCGCUCCCGGCACCGCCUGCUGGGCCACAGGCUGGGGGGACGUGCAGGAGGAGGACCCUCUGCCUCUCCCCUGGGUGCUACAGGAAGUGGAGCUAAGGCUGCUGGGAGAGGCUGCCUGCCAGUGUCUCUACAGUCGACCUGGCCCCUUCAACCUCACCUUCCAGCUACUACCAGGGAUGCUGUGUGCUGGCUACCCAGAGGGCCGCAAGGACACCUGCCAGGGUGACUCUGGGGGGCCCCUGGUCUGUGAGGAAGGCGGCCGCUGGUUCCAGGCAGGAAUCACCAGCUUUGGCUUCGGCUGUGGACGCAGGAACCGCCCCGGAGUCUUCACUGCUGUGGCUCCCUAUGAGGCAUGGAUCCGGGAACAGGUGAUGGGCUCAGAGCCUGGGCCUGCUUUCCCCCCACAACAUCCUGGACCCCAGUCAGGCUCCCCAGAGCCCAUGGAGGAGAACUGCACCAUUGCCCUGCCAGAGUGCGGGAAAGCCCCGCGGCCAGGGGCCUGGCCCUGGGAGGCCCAGGUGAUGGUGCCAGGUUCCAGACCCUGCCAUGGGGCACUGGUGUCAGAGAGCUGGGUCUUGGCACCUGCCAGCUGCUUUCUGGACCCCAUCAGCUCCGACCGCGCGCCCCUCGACCUGGACGCCUGGCGCGUGCUGCUGCCCUCGCGCCCGCGCGCAGAGCGGGUGGCACGCCUUGUGCCACACGAGAACGCCUCGUGGGAUGACGCCUCGGACCUGGCACUGCUGCAGCUGCGCGCGCCCCUGAACCUGAGCGCAGCCCCGCGGCCUGUGUGCCUACCCCACCCGGAACACUAUUUCCUGCCCGGGAGCCGCUGCCGCCUGGCUCGCUGGGGCCGCAGGGAGGCGGCGCCUAGCCCCAGCGUGCUGCUGGAAGCGGAGCUGUUGAGCGGCUGGUGGUGUCACUGCCUGUACGGCCGCCAGGGGGCGACGGUGCCGCCGCCGGGAGAGCCGCCGCAUGCGCUCUGCCCCGCCUACCAGGAGGAGGAGGAGGCGGGCCGCUGCUGGAACGACUCGCGAUGGAGCCUUCUGUGCCGGGAGGCGGGGACCUGGUUCCUGACGGGGAUCGGAGACCCCUCGAGUGGCUGCCUCCGUCCCCGAGCCUUCUUCCCUCUGCAACCCCACGGCCCGUGGAUCAGCCACGUGACUCGGGGAGCCUACCUGGAGGAUCAGCUGGCCUGGGACUGGGGUCCCGAGGGGGAAGAGACUGAGACCCAGACUUGUCCCCCUCACACAGACCAUGGUGCCUGUGGCCUGCGGCCAGAGCCUGCUGAGAUGGGGGUCCUGUGGCCCUGGCUGGCAGAGGUGCAUGUGGCUGGUGAUCGAGUCUGCACUGGGGUCCUCGUGGCCCCAGACUGGGUCCUGGCAGCCACUCACUGUGUCCUCAGGCCGGGCUCGACGACAGUGCCCUAUAUCCAAGUGUACUUGGGCCGGGCAGGGGCCAGCCCCCUGCCCCAGAGCCACCAGGUGUCACGGUCGGUCAUCAGCAUCCGCCUGCCCCGGCACCUGGGGCUUCGACCACCCCUGGCCCUCCUGGAGCUGAGCUCCCGGGUGGAGCCCUCCCCAUCCGCCCUGCCCAUCUGCCUCCACCCAGGGGGAAUCCCCCCGGGGGCCAGCUGCUGGGUGCUGGGCUGGCAGGACCCACAGGACCGAGUACCCAUGGCUGCUGCUGUCUCUAUCCUGACACCCCGACUCUGUCAGUGCCUCUAUCAGGGCGCUCUGCCCCCUGGGACUCUCUGUGUCUUGUAUGCAGAGGGGCAGGAGGACAGGUGUGAGGUGGCCUCAGCGCCCCCCCUCCUGUGCCAAACCGGGGGAGGCUCGUGGGUCCUCACGGGCAUGGCUGUUCGAGGGAGCCGGGAGUUGUUUGCCGCCAUUGGUCCUGAAGAGUCCUGGAUCUCCCAGACGGUGGGGGAGGCCCACUUCCUGCCCCCCAGUGGCUCCCCCUACUGGUUCCCCGAGGGCGGUGACCUCUGCCCUCCGGACCUGGCAGGGGCCUCAGGCUCCCCCCAGGCCGCUCUGUUCCUACUGCUGCUGACCCCCCUCAUCCAGGGCUGAGAAGCCUGGGUCUCUGGGUCACCUCCCCUUUUCCUCAUGCCCCUUCUGCCCCCUCACCCCCAGCCCUCUGCUUCCCGGUGGAAUGUGGUCCAACCGGCUCCUGAAACCUCAGAAGUGCCCACACUGGCUUCAACUAAUGCCCGACUAUUUUGGGCCCAGGAAUCCUCGGGGGCAGCAGGAGGUGUGGGCAAUAAAAGGUGUAAACACAGACACGUGGCUUUGUGGCAUCCCCUGUGGCAGGCUGAGAGGGCCAGUAGCAUCCCGGGCUAAGGGGAAGCUCUAGGAAUGGGGCCCUUCCCUCCCGGGGCCUGAGUCAGGCCUUGGGCUCCCCGGAAAUGUGUCCCUGAUAACGUGGCAGCUGUCCUUCAUUCCUGCCCCAGGGCGGGGGAGGUCGGCUGCCAGCUGGGUGUGUGUCACCUCCACUGGGAAGGUGACACAGCCCUAGCUCCGACCCUGUGGCUCCU